UACACACUCUUAAGUCGUUUUUAUACUAUAAUAUCAGUCUAAACUUGUGCCGGUUUGUGCGUGGUUCCAGAUGAUUUCGAAUACAUGCAUACAAGCACGAUUCCGAUUCACGCGAGCUAAAUAAAUAUCGUAAAUAAAAGCAUCACCAUCACCACCGCCGCCAUCACCGUCAUCGCUAUAACCGGUCACCAAGAAGAACCGAUACCGUACAGCAUCUCCUUUCGUAUAUUCGUCAAUACAGUGGUAGGUAUACGCAUCAGUAUAAAUCCCCUCUCCCCAGGCAUUUUUCCGGAUAAUAGAGCGAAUAUAUUAUAACAACGCAAUAUGUCCGACGAAGUGGAAAAGUACGACAGCCAUCGUUUCGACGACGUGUUCUACGCGUACACGGAAUUGUUCAUGAAAAGAAGCUUCACGGAAGUGAGCUGGUCCAACGAUUAUCACGAGACAAACUACCAUCGGUUGAAGGCGUUCCCCAUAGACGUGGUGCGCCCGUACGCCGAGCGACUGUUGCAGGCGCACGGCACCGGACCGCUGCUGCACACCAUCAUAGCGGCGAAUUUCGAGUGCGAGCCGACGCCGACCAACGGCGGGCGGUUUUCGUUCGUCGUCAACAACCCCCGGAACACGUUCAGGAUGACCAACGACCUGAUGGGGCUGGUCGCGGCGUGCGGACUGGACGUGGUCAAGGCGCCGGUCUCCGUGUACGAGUGCCUCCGGUGCAAGUCGUCCAUACGACGGGCGGGAAUGUCGACGAUGAGCGUUUACGAGCUGUUGCGCCUGCACGUGGCGGAAUGCGAGAUGUCCAUGGACGGACGGUACCUCAAACCGCUGACGGAGUUCGCGAGGGAGUGCGACCGCGACGAGUACGUGAACUUCCUGCACAAGUCCGUGGCCGAGACCGUACUGACGAAGCUGGGCCUGUUGAUCGUCCGCCCGAAACGGUUCGACGAGCUGCCGUUCUCGGCGUUCACGCGUAACAGGCGCGUGUCGCUGUACGUGGUGUUGCGGCCGCGCAAGCGCCCGCGCUUCGACGACGACGCGCUCAACAGGAUGGUCCAGGCCGGUUACCACACGUUCCCGACACAGAAAGUGAUAACGGACUGGCGCGAGUUGAAGAGAGCGCUCAAGGACUUCACGCGCCGCCCGGUCACCGACAACAGGAUCACGUGUUUCAGUUGCCACCACGCGGUCACGCUCAGCGCCGAAGUCGCCAGCGACCCGUGGAGAUACCACGCCAAGAAGUCGCCGUCGUGCAGGUUCUUGUUGAUGAAGAUGGGCAUGGACUACGUUAAACAGGUCCAGGAAUCGAUGUACCACUUCCGCCCUAGGAACAAUGGACAGAUGGACGAGCAAACCGCGGCGGCCGCCAUCGAUCCGGAGUUGGACUUGCAACCGCCGACUACUCCCGUAGGAGAGUUUUUCGACAUGUGCAAAGACAUGACCGGUCGAAAAAAAACCGAAUUGCGAGUUGCCUUGUCGGCGACCACCAUAAAUGAUUGCACCGUGUGCAGCAUUGAGAAGCGCGCCGUCGCUUUGAUGUCGUGUUCACAUAUUGUGACCUGUGUGGAUUGCUCGUUCGCAAUUCGUGAUUGCCCGCUCUGCAGGACGUUGAUUACCGGCUUCAUGAAGCCGGUAUUUCAGCCAGACGGUUCGUUUUGGAAGCAGCCAGAAUGCGUGGGCGGAAAUUAUUUUAUAAAUCUGCCGUGUCGCCACUUGAUAGAGACAUGUGUCCCAGACAAUGUUAGCCGAUGCCCGAAAGCGGAUGCUGUGGAAGAGGACAAUACCUAUUGCGUCGUGUGUGGUAACAUGAACUUAGGCAAAUUAAGGGUCUACCUUUAAAUAUUAGGCACUGCGAGUAUAAAUAAUAUGUUAUUGUGUAGGCAGUGCUCGAAUUGUUGACAAAAUAAAACAUAAGUAAUAAAGUAAAUAAAUAUGGGGAUUCUGUAGUCUGUAUACCUACUUAUAAAAGUUUAAUGUUUCCAUUUCUUUUUAUAUCCCGUUGUGUAGUCCUAUACA